GUCUCGUUGUUACCAGGAGUCCAGCCCAGGACCAUGAACAGGCCUCAGAGUCUUGAUUAUAAAGGAUGAGGAGAUUCUACAACACAGCCAUAACCAGAACUCUUUAGCCCAGAAGUGAGAGAGAGUGAGCUGAGAGACAUUACUGCCUACACAUAAUAAGCCAUGGCACAUGUCAAAGGUCUAAUGAUGGCCCUCCUGCUCGCCACCAUCUGGCUGUACGCUACCCCGACAUCUGCAGCACCGCAUGCAUGCUGCAGAGAAUUCACCCGGGGCAAACUCCCUUUCCGUGUCAUAAAGGGUUACUCUGUGCAGUCUGUCGAAGAGCUAUGUCCCAUCGAUGCCAUAAUUUUCCACACAAAGAAGGGACAAGCAUGUGCAGAUCCUGCUUUAUUCUGGGUUCAAAACUACAUCAACCGAAUCAGCAGAAAAGCCAGAACACUUAAUCAGAGCCGGCUGUGAUGCAUUCACACCAGAAGAGAAAGAAGGAAGCUUGCUGUGCUUAAUAUGAGGCUUAUAUGAGGAUGAUAAUCGAACACAGGCCUACUCUUGUUGUAUGCCCUUGUGAAAGGCAUCAAUUGUAGAAUUAUAAAAUGUUGUCUUCCUUGUAUGUGGCUUAACAGAAAUGGCGUUCAUAAGAAAGGCUUGUAAAUUAUUUAAAUUCGUUAAAUUAUGCUAUUUAUAUCAAGUUAACAUAAUUUAUUUUGUGUAAUAUUAUGCUUGUUGAGAUCUUUCCUUUUUUAUUAUUGUAAUUUUUAGCGUGUGAAGACGUUAUUUGGUAAGCACACUUCGUAGGCUGAGUUCCUGCUCAUCUUGUUUGAAGGGAAAAAUACCCUCCUGUGCUCGGGUGACGUGGCCAAUGGAAAACCCAGGCGUCGCGCCUUUGUUUUUAAAGGAGGAUGUGAGAGGAAGAAUUAAUGCAAGUGGAAGUAGGCCUAUAAAGAGCCUACACGUUUGGUAUAAAGGAAGUUGUAUCCAUGACUCAAAAAAUCUGGAUUGUUUUGUUUUUUAGAAGUUGCAUGAUGUUUGUUUGUAAAAUAAAAAUAGAAACAUUCUGCGGACAACCUUUACCGCGUCUUUACCUUCGGGUUGUGGAAUGGGAGGUUCUCAGCUUUUAUCUUGCAUUGCUGUACAUGGCCACUAGAUGGAGGUUUACCACUUCAAACAAAAGUUCACCAACAACGACAUAUUUGAGGACUUGCAGCGUUCAAUUAUUGUUAUUUUUUAUCAAGUUAAUGCCCACAAAAUGAGUCAAUUAUUCUCCAUCGAAGGCUUUACGGUCUGCCAACAUUUAAAGUUGGUGAGUUUGAUUUGAAGAUAAGAAUCCCCUUUUCAUUCUUUGGCCGUCACAAUAGCUGUAAGCUUUACCAAUGGAGCUGAACUAACUUUAUUGUGCUGUUUUUCCCUCCGGUCGCACGAAUCCA